AUGGCAUCGAUAGAUUACGAUUACUUAAUUAAAUUCCUCGCUGUGGGCGACUCGGGCGUCGGCAAAACCAGCUUCCUCUACCAGUACACGGACGGAGUGUUUCACACCAAGUUCAUCUCCACGGUUGGGAUUGACUUCCGCGAGAAGCGGGUUUUGUACACUUCGAACGGCAUCAACCACCGGGUUCACCUGCAGCUGUGGGACACAGCCGGUCAGGAGCGGUUCCGCAGUUUAACCACGGCUUUCUAUCGAGACUCGAUGGGAUUCAUCCUGAUUUUUGACAUUACCAACGAGCAGAGCUUUCUGGACGUGCAAAACUGGAUGGAACAGCUGAAACAGCACGCCUACUGUGAGGAUCCGGAAAUUAUACUGUGCGGCAACAAGGCCGACUUGGACCACAGGCGGGCCGUCAGUGAGACACGUGCCAAAAGCCUAGCCGAUAAGUACCGUAUCGAUUACAUCGAGACGAGUGCCUUCACCGGGCACAACGUCAAGGUGGCGAUCGAGAUGCUGCUCGACAAGGUCAUGAAAAGGAUCGAAACGAUUGUGCUCAGUACGACCAUCCAGGCCAGGCGGGGCGUCCCGAAGCUGUUUGUCGACACGAAAGAUCCGCCGGUGAAACUGGAGAAGCAGAACGAUGACGAGCAACCGGGCCAGGCGUCCGGCUGCCGAUGUUGA